UUAACUGAGAGGCUUGUGGUUUUGUUUUAUAGAUGCCCGGAUGAAAUAUUGAGCACGAAGAUCGUCGGGGAGUGGCAAUUUAACAAAGCCGUUGAUCUGUUCAUGUCUGCUACUGAAGAAUUGACUGGGAAGAUUGAUUAUCGACAUUUAUACGGAAAAUUUACGGAACUUUAAGGUAGAUUUAGAUGGAAAAGGCAAAGCCAAGACUUGUCCUGCAGUUCUUGGCCCAGGAUUUGCCAGCCCAUAAAAUCCACCAUUCUCCUAGAGCUAAAACCAUCAGUUUACAAAACGCAAAACGCUUCUUUAAGCUUGUGAGCUAUUCAGUUCUUUCGUCAAAACCAGCUUCUGAUUUGUUAAGUUUACUGUGAUCUUGAAGAACAUGGCUGAGGAGCACCACAACAAGGCCCAUGAGCCUGAGACCCCAUUGUUGUUGAGGGGUCAGCUGUGGAAUCCAAGGAUCGUGGGCUGUUUGAUUUCAUGGGGAAGAAAGAGGAAGAGAAGCCUCAAGAGGAGGUGAUCGUCACAGAAUUUGAAGAGAAGGUUCAGGUAUCUGAACCAGAGAUCGGAUAGCAGCUCUGUAAGGAAGGUUCAACGAUCGGAUAGCAGCUCUAGCUCUGUGAGUUUAAAUUUCAAUACCAAAUAUGAUCAACUGCUUAUUCUAUAAAGUUUUGUAAAGAAGGCGAGGGAGAAGAGAAGAAGAAGGAGGAAAAGAGGGGAUUGAAGGAGCAGAUCAAGGAGAAGAUAUCGGAAACAAUAUUGAUAGACAAAUCAUACAGUUGUACCCACACAAAUAUGUCUGCUAAAGCAGUGGAGCAAACACGUAGCCUGCUGCCGUAAAAACAGCAUAAUGCUCAUUACAAUAGACAAAAGCUGGCCUUGACAAUUUCCGUAGUCGGAGCAUCCCAGGCACAGCUGCCUUGAAUCUGACUAAAAAGGAGGAUCCCAGUCACUAAAUAUAAAGAAACGAUCAAGCUCUAUAUAUGCAGCAUAGUAUAUCUAUGGCUCAGAAUACUCAGUAGUUACAGUUGGCGAGUAUGAUGAUGACGACACACCAAGACCCACAUUUUCUAUUGCUGGUUAUUGCUUUAGCAGUUGCUUUUGGCCUUGUAGGAUCCACUAAUGGCGAGUACUUGAUUGGUGUGGGGAGCUAUGACAUGACUGGUCCUGCAGCUGAGGUUAACUUGAUGGGUUACGCUAAUUUGGAGCAGAAUGCCGCCGGUGUUCAUUUCCGGCUAAGGGCUAGGACGUUUAUCGUUGCCGAGAGCCCACAUGGUGCACGAUUUGCUUUUGUCAAUCUUGAUGCCGGUAUGGCUUCCCAGCUUGUCACUAUCAGAGUGCUUGAGAGACUUAGAUCAAGGUUUGGAAACUUGUACACAGAAGAAAAUUUGGCAAUUAGUGGCAUUCAUACUCAUGCUGGUCCUGGUGGAUACCUACAGUAUCUACUGUACCAUGUUACUUCUCUAGGCUUCGUCCAGCAAUCAUUUGAUGCCAUUGUCAAUGCCAUUGAGCAAAGUGUUGUUCGGGCUCACCAAAACCUCAAGCCUGGUUCAAUCUUCAUCAACGCAGGAGAAGUAGAGAAUGCGGGAAUAAACAGGAGUCCAAGCGCAUACCUACUAAACCCAGCUGAGGAAAGAGCACGAUACCCAUCUAAUGUUGAUAAAGAAAUGACUCUAUUGAAGUUUGUAGACAGCGCAACUGGGAAAAGUGUUGGAGCUUUCAGCUGGUACGCUACCCAUGGAACCUCCAUGAGCAGAGACAAUAAGCUCAUCAGCGGAGACAACAAGGGUGCAGCUGCUAGAUUCUUUGAAGACUGGUUCACUUCUACUACCAAAUCCAACUCAACAGUGGCCAUCAACUUCUCCACCCCAGAUAUUGAUGAAUUGAAUAAGAAAGCGCAAAAAAUCAAGGCCACGGGAGGACAACCAUGUGGUAAAACAACCAGCCAAGGCUUCAAGGUGAGGAAGAACAAUGGCUCAGAGUUUGUUGGGGCAUUUUGUCAGUCUAAUGUUGGGGAUGUGACUCCAAAUGUGCUAGGAGCAUUUUGUACUGACAGUGGAAAGCCCUGCGACUUCAACCACUCUACUUGCCAUGGCGAUGUCCGCCUCUGCGUGGGCCGGGGGCCUGGAUACCCAGAUGAGAUAUUGAGCACGAAGAUCAUCGGGGAGAGGCAAUUCAACAAAGCCGUUGAUCUGUUCAUGUCUGCUACUGAGCAACUAAGUGGGAAGAUUGAUUAUCGACAUUUGUACUUAAAUUUUACGGAUCUUGAGGUAGAUUUAGAUGGAAAAGGCAAAGCCAGGACUUGUCCUGCAGCUCUUGGCCCAGGAUUUGCCGCUGGAACUACAGAUGGUCCUGGCAUGUUUGGGUUUGAACAAGGUGACACAGAGAUCAACGAGCUGUGGAAAAAAGUGAGGAACCUCUUGAAAGAACCAAGCCAAUAUCAGGUGGACUGCCAGAAACCAAAGAAUGUUUUGCUCUCUACUGGAGAAAUGUUUGAACCUUAUGCAUGGGCGCCAGCAAUUCUUCCAAUUCAAAUACUGAGGCUGGGAAAAUUGAUCCUACUUUCUGUACCAGGAGAGUUCACAACAAUGGCAGGCCGACGACUCAGGGAAGCAGUUAAGGAGACGUUAAUUAGUAAUGGAGGAGGAGAUUUCGAUAAUGAGACUCAUAUUGUAAUAGCUGGCCUCACGAACACAUACUCGCAAUAUAUUGCAACUAUUGAAGAAUAUGGACAACAAAGAUAUGAGGGAGCUUCAACGCUCUAUGGUCCUCAUACACUGUCAGCGUAUAUUCAGGAAUUCAACAGACUAGCAGAAGCAUUAGCAAAGGGAGAAAAGCUUCCAAAAAGAGACUUGUCACCACCAGAUCUUUCCUCUAAACAACUCAGACUCUUACAUGCUCCUUGGAUCGACUCACCUCCUAAGGGCAUAAAUUUUGGUGAUAUAAAACAAGAUGUGACUCAACCAAAAGGUGGCUCAUUCAAGAAGGGAGAAAGACCCAGUGCCACAUUUUGGAGUGGCAACCCAAGGUUUGAUCUCUUAACAGAAGGCACAUUUGCAGUGGUAGAGAUGCUUCAAGGUGAGAGGUGGGUUCGAGUUUAUGAUGAUGAUGAUUUCAGCUUGUUUUUCAAGUGGAAAUUGGAUAACACAACCUUUUCUAGCUUAGCAAUAAUUGAGUGGGAGGUGCCAAAGGAAGCUAGCUCUGGAGUUUAUAGGCUGAGGCACUUUGGGUCAUUUAAGCAAACUGAUGGCUCCCCUGUCAAAUAUUUUACUGGUGCAUCUAGUGCAUUUACGGUGUCUUAGAGACGAUAAGCAUCUGUUACUUCUUUUAAUUGAAAUAAUACAAAGCUUCCUGAUUCUAAUAACUUGUGGUUUCAUAAAUGGAAGAAUGGAGACUUUAUU